AGAAGAGCUUACUCAGGUAUUGCAUCAUCGUCUGCGUCCCUUCCUGUCAUUCCCUGCAGCGCUUCAAAUCCAGCUGACCAACUGAGAUGGACCCAGCCCCUGCGCCUGCGUUCCCACCACUCUCCAGUACUUUACUCGUCGUCCCACACAAUGGCCACCGGAAACAAACCCCUCUUGCUCUACACGAGCGCGACCCCGAACGGUCACAAGGUGUCCGUCUUCCUUGAAGAGCUCAAGGCAGCCUACGGCGGUCCUGACUAUGAUGUGUUCGGCAUCAACAUCAGCACCAACGUGCAGAAGGAGCCCUGGUUCAUCAAGCUGAACCCGAACGGGCGUAUCCCGACGCUCGUCGAUCGCUCGCGCAACAACUUUGUCGUUUUCGAGACGGCGGCGAUCUUGCUGUAUUUGCAGCAGCACUACGACAAGGAGAACAAGUUCGGUUUCGAUCCUGUCACGCAGCCGGAUGACUACAGCGUACAGCUGCAGUGGAUCUUCUUCGCGCAUGGUGGUGUUGGUCCAAUGCAGGGACAAAACCAUCACUUCAACCGCUACGCACCGGAGGACAUUCCUUAUGCCAAGCAACGAUACCUCGACGAGACGAAGCGUCUCUACGGCGUCUUGGAAAUUCGUCUGUCACAGGACCGCGACUGGCUCGCUGGCCCGGGCCGGGGAACCUACAGCCUUGCGGACAUCAAUGUAUUCCCUUGGAUCAGGAUUCACAAGUGGGCCAUGAUCGAGGAACUGAAUGAGUGGCCCAACCUGAAGGCUUGGGUCGAGAGAAUCGCCGCCCGAGACCCCGUCAAGGCAGGUGUUGCUGUUCCGUAGAUGGGGCGGAUGAGAUCGCCGUAGGAUUGGCGACGAUGUAGCACUGCGCUGUAAUGGUACCUUUGGAUACAAUACGACAUAAUUCAGCUUGCAA